AUGAUAGCCUUUACUAGCUCGUUCGUCUCUCUCCUAGCCUUCGUCUCGGUCGCUGCUGCUCAGUCGGCUGUUUGGGGUCAAUGUGGGGGAAUUGGCUGGACAGGCCCUACGACAUGUGUCGCAGGAUCGACUUGCGUUGAAUCCAAUGCUUAUUAUUCGCAAUGUCUUCCGAGCACAUCGACAAGCAGUGGCUCAGGCUCCACUGGUACUUCGACUGCUGCUCUCCCAACCUCAACUUCGACUGCAAAAUCCAACACCGUUGCGCAAACUGCAGGAAAAAAAUACUUCGGUUCCGCUACAGACAAUCCAGAAUUCACCGACGCGGCGUACCUCGCGAUUCUCAGCGACAACACGUACUUUGGACAGAUUACACCUGGAAACAGCAUGAAAUGGGAUGCGACGGAACCCGAGCAGGGAACAUUUACAUUCAGUGGAGGAGAUGCUGUGGUGAGCCUCGCACAAGGCAACUCACAGUUGGUUCGAGGACACAAUUGUGUGUGGUAUAACCAACUCCCCAGCUGGGUGACCAGCGGAUCUUGGACGAACGCUACCUUGACCGCAGCGGUACAGAAUCAUUGCAGCACAUUAGUUAGUCACUACAAGGGAGAUAUGUACAGCUGGGAUAUCAUCAACGAACCAUUCAAUGACGAUGGAACCUGGAGAUCGGACGUUUUCUACAACACUAUGGGGACUUAUUUCGUGGAUGUAGCUUUAAUUGCCGCCCGAGCUGCCGAUCCCAACGCGAAGCUCUACAUCAACGACUAUAACAUUGAGGGCACCGGGGCUAAGGCCACUGCGAUGAUGAACCUCGUUUCAGAUCUCAAAUCUCGUGGUAUCCCUAUCGACGGUGUCGGUCUUCAAGGCCAUUUCAUCGUUGGUGAAGUUCCCACUACGAUCCAAACAGUUAUGGAACAGUUUGUUGCGUUGGGAGUUGAGGUCGCAAUCACUGAACUUGACAUUCGAAUGACCCUUCCGGAAACCGAUGCUCUCUUAGAACAACAACAGACGGAUUAUAAGAAUGUCAUUUCCGCGUGUAAUGCUGUGGCCGGUUGCAUAGGUGUAACUAUCUGGGAUUACACAUUUGCAGGACAAGGCGCGGCCUGCCCUUGGGACGCGAAUUUGAUCAAGAAGCCAGCGUACGACGGCAUCAUCGCUGGCUUCAGCGCGUAA